UGCCAAUCAACCAAUCAAUUGUUACGCACAAAUCGCGUUAUGUAACAAAUUAUCUUUUGAUAGUAAACGAUGUAAUUACACCUCAAGCCGCUCAAGGCAACUUUGCAAUUUCCGAAUCUGACCAAUUCGCAGCGUGAUAACUUGAUAAGUUAUCAUUUCGCGUAUUCCGCGGCCCACGGGCAUGCGCCUUCAAUGAAAUUAUUUCGUAUUCCACUUCGCGGCAAAACGGACGGUUGUAGUUACAGUGUUUUAGUUUCGGUGUAACUCGCGAUUGGCGCGGUCGCCGGGUACUCGCGCCCUCUCUAUGACAUUGGCUGAAACUCGCACGAAUAUCCAACCUAAUGUGCUUUUUAUAACAAAUCUUUCAAAAUUCAUGAGACAAAAUGUGUAAAACGCAGUGUUUGUUAGCCAUCCUUCAGCUCUCGAUCAACCUAGUUAACUGUUGGGAUAUCGCAAUCACAACAGGGGACCAAUUAGAAUUUUAUACAAACAAUACAAAAACAAACAAUGAGGGCAUCAGAUUCAGAGAGCUCACAGCGUUGGCAUUCGACGCCGUCCACAACAUGCUGUUGUUUGUUGACAAACAGAAUGACAACGCCUCAAUAUUCAGCUAUAGUUUACUCUCCAAGAAGUACCAGCCUUUAGUUGGGAAGAGAUCGUCGGAAAAUAUUCAAGGGUUAACCAUCGAUCCAGUGACCGGGAAGAUGUUCUGGACAGAUAGUAACGAAAGGAGUAUAUAUUGGAUAUCUUUGUGGCCGAGAUCGAAGAACAUCUAUGGAUAUCUUUUGAUUAAAAUGGAUGACGAGAUCCCUAGGGAUAUUGCAGUUGAUAGUUGCAGAGGAUACAUUUACUGGACAAACACAAACAUUUCGAAGCCAACGAUUGAGAGAGCGCGGUUCGACGGUAGUGAAAGGACCAUCAUAGUUGACACUGAUAUUCACAUGCCUGUUAGCAUAGCUAUCGAUCAACGAACAAGACGACUUUACUGGGCCGACGAUAAAGAAGGCAUUCAUUACUCCAUUGAGUCAUCUGACCUUGAAGGAAAAGAUAGGCAGAAGAUAUUGAUGGGAACGUACCACCAGCCAAAUUCCUUGACCGUUUCAAAAGACAAUAUUUAUUGGGUGGAUUGGGGAUUCAAAUCAGUGUGGAAGCUACCCAAAAAUGUAUCCGGUGUUGAACCUGAGGAGUUUAUCAAAUUCAACAAUGAAGUUCCUUUUGGUAUAGCAGCGAAUUACAAGAUAGCAGAUCAAACUGAGGGCGUGGAUGAAUGUAAAACUUUAGCGAACUUGACGCAAAACAACACUGCCAUUAAUGAUUCAAUACGCAUUCCUAAAGAUGUGGGACUGUUUUGUCUUCACGGAGUGAAAACUGGGCAAUUGGAGUGCAAAUGUUCCGCUGGAUAUAUCGGCGAUCGGUGUGAAAUUUCAGUUUGCCAAAACUUCUGUUUGAAUGGCGAUUGCAAUGCAUCUAGCGACGGGCAACCGACUUGCAAAUGCAGACUCGGUUUCUCCGGCACUAGAUGCGAGGCCAGCGUUUGCUACGGCCACUGUUUGAACGAUGGCGAGUGCUCGGUCAGUGAAGCGGGCGCGCCUGUUUGCAAGUGCGCUCACGAUUUCGAGGGCGAGCGGUGCGAGACUCGCAAAGUUAUACCCACAACUACAAUGGCACCUGUCGUUGAACCUUGCAAUUGCACAGCAAUCGCUUCAGAAAGCAAGAGUAAUGAAGAUUUUGUAUCAGACGUGUGCAGUACGGGAUGGGACCCCGUACGGGACCCCAUUCUGAUGGUGCUGGGGACUCUCACUGGACUACUGUGCCUAGUCUGUGCUUUACUUAUUACGAAGAUCUUACACUUGAAGAGAAGACCUAGGAUAAAGAGGAGGAUAAUAGUCAACAAGAAUGUGACCCCCCUCACCGCGCGACCCGACCAGUGCGAAAUCACAAUUGAGAACUGCUGCAACAUGAACAUAUGCGAAACUCCAUGUUUCGAACCUAGAAACGCAAUAAGACCAACACUAGGCGACGCAAAGCCUGGCAAAGAGGAGAAGAGGAACCUGAUCGCCAACAUGGAGAGUCAAGACGACCUGUACUAGCAUCGCGCCAUAUCAUAGCGUACUUCGGUACUUAGUGAUGAGUCCAAAGUUUUACUAUUGUGAUAUUCGAUAUAGGCAUAUCAACGACCUAUUUGUACUACAAAAUAGACUGGGUAGUCCAAACAAAAAUUUUUGCUGGAUGCCACUCGCUUUAAGUUUGGAAGACAUCGGCCUCUUAUUCGGAGGAUCGGGAGUUCGAUUCUGAGCACGCACCUCUAACUUUUCGGGUGCGUUUUAAGUACACAAUUAAAUUCUUUUUUUUUUAUCAAGAAAACAUGAUGAAACCUGCAUGCCUGAAAGUUCUACAUAAUGUUUUCAAAGGUGUGUGAAGUCUGUCAAUCUUCACUUGGCCAGCGUGAUGGACUAUGGAUAAGACCAUUCUCGUUCUGCUCUGUAGUGGGCCAGCGAUGGGUUGAUGAUGAUGAAGAUGAUCAACUAACUUUUGCUUAUAACUUGAUAGCCAGUGACAUACUAAUUUUAAAACCUUCAUACACUAUUCUUGUUUGGAAUGACCCAUCUAGUACAUUAGGUCGUUGAGGCAUACGGAUUAGGAACGUUAUAGUAACGUUGCGUGCAAGUUGAAAACGACAUGGGGUUCGCUAUUUAAGAUAUUUUUUUAUAUCGGCUAAACAGCUUGAAAGCUGUAUUGAUAGACUGGUGGUUGUUUGGAGCCGGAAAUUUUGUUUUUAAAGAAAAAUGUGAAAUUCAUCACUGUUUACUUUCACUGGGUUAGUGCAAAAUUCUCAGUACUCAGAUGCGGUAUGAUAUGGAGUAGGUACUGCGGCCAUCUUUAAGAUGAUUCUGCCAAGUACCAACUCAAUGCAUUAGACUCUAUGAUCGCCGCUAUAGUAAAAUUGUUAACCUUUUGCUUACAUCUACUUUUAAUAGCGUCUAUAACGUCGUACGUUAUAAUAGGUUACUACUGUUACAGUUUUUAUGAGAUCCGGCUCUUAACUUCCCUAUAUCUAAAAGCCUGUUGGUUUUUAUAAGGCAGCUAAAAAUCCAAGAGAAUAUUUAGGUACUUAGUAUAUAUUAUAUUAUUAAGGUAAUGUUUGUGGGUUGUACAAAGGUUUGUAGAUUUACAGUGAUGGUUUAUUUUAUUUAUUUAAAGUACCUAACCAAUACGGCAUACGUUCUGGCAUAUACCUGUUAUAUAUAUUUAUGUUAAUACGACAUAGUACUAAAUCUAUGCCUUAAUAAACGGUGACUUAUAUACCUAAUAGAUUACUUAUCAUAAAAUUUCCUAUUAUUUUGUUAAAUACCAGAUAAAAUCAUAAGAAAAAUAACAGAAAAUAAAAUAGGUAGGUACCAACUACUUACAGAUAAUAUUAGUAUAAGGUUUUUUUUUAUUUGAAAGAGGGGUCAUUUGAUCACACAGUGCCUUUUCACGUUUGGUUCAUGCGGAUAAUUUUUUUUUUUGAUAUAAAAUACUGUUUGUAUAGCUUUAAAAUUCUUAAUUUACAUACAUAUCCAAAUUUAUUAUUCAGUCUUCGAUUUUGUGCCAAAUUUUAUAUUUAUGAUGAUCGGUUGCAAAAUGUUUGUUUUGACUGUGGUUGUAGCAAAUUGUAACUAACUACCUACUUAAGUGCGUACUUAAAUAUAAUAUCUAAAAGCAUUUACUGUACAGGAUUCUUUAAAAACACCAGCAUGGUUGAAUUUAUAUGAUAAAAUUAACACCCUAAGAUCUACAUUUGGAUAAGAAACUUACGUACAUAACAAUGUACGGUUUUCAUUAAUUUUGUUGCAUAACACGUAUGACAUUGUUUAACAUUGUUAUAUAACGUGUUAUAUUAUCUGAAUGCACCGAAACUGGCAAAAAUGGAAA